AUGAACAAGAAGAAACUGUGCACCCUGCUUUGGUGUUUUGGUUUCGUCAGGUCGACUCCAGAGGCUGCAGGCAGUGCGGGAGCGCCCGGGGGCCCGCAGGGGGAGGGGGGCCCCUCAGCUCCGGCCCCGAACCUGACAAGUAACAGACGACUGCAGCAGACGCAGGCGCAGGUGGACGAGGUGGUGGACAUAAUGCGAGUGAACGUGGACAAAGUCCUGGAGAGAGACCAGAAGCUGUCUGAGCUGGACGACCGGGCCGACGCGCUGCAGGCCGGAGCAUCGCAGUUCGAGAGCAGCGCCGCCAAACUCAAGAACAAGUACUGGUGGAAAAACUGUAAGAUGAUGAUCAUCAUGGCCGUUAUCGGUGUCAUAUGUGUUGGAGUCGUCUUCUUGUAUUUCUUCUACUGAGAAAGACGGACGAAACCAUCACAGGACGAGUCUGCACCGAAAAACACCAACUCAACCAAAUCCAGCCUCUUCGUCUGUCCUCCUCCUCUUCCUCAC